CUGGCCAUAAUCGCGGAGAGUUGGCUAACGCUCUCUCCCUCUCCCUCCCUCUCUCUGCUGCCGACUAAUAAUGUGGUAUGGAGUUCGCUAGCGCCCUCACUCUUUCCUGUCUCUCUACUGCAACUAACAAUGCCCAUUUACCUAUCGCCUCCUCCUCCCAUCCCCUUCUCCAAACCCCUCAACGCCCACCUCCUUACUUUGCCCCGAUUCCCCUCUCCUCGAUGCGCCCUCCCCUCUCAAAACCCUAGAAAACCCCUCAAGGGAACCCACCCCCCGCAAGCCACUCCCACCCCGCAAACCGUCAGCCAGUCCGCCAUCCAAAGAAUCUCCGAGAAGCUCCGCAGCCUUGGCUUCCUCGAGCAACAUCCGCCUUCCUCCGCCGACGAUCGCCCCACCACCGGCCCCGGAUCCGCUGGCGAGAUCUUUAUUCCCACCCCUGGGGAAAUACUCACGCAUCGCGUCGGUUACACUAUCGAUUCGAGCUGGAGCACCCCGGAGCACCCGGUUCCUCAGCCAGGAUCCGGGGUCACUAUCAAUCGGUUUCACCACCUUUGGACGAGGGAUAAGGUGAGGAAGGCGGAGGCCAGGGCUAGGAAGGAUUCGGAACCACCACCGACUGUAGCAGAGUUGACCAUACCGCCAGAGGAGCUGAAGAGGCUGAGGAGGGAGGGAGUGCGGUUGGAGAAGCGAUUGAAGAUAGGAAAGGCUGGAAUCACUGAGGGGAUUGUAAAUGGGAUCCAUGAGCGAUGGCGGCGGUCAGAGCUGGUGAAGAUUAAGUGCGAGGACUUGUGCCGGAUGAAUAUGAAGAGAACUCAUGAGAUUUUGGAGAGAAAAACUGGAGGUUUGGUGGUCUGGAGAUCUGGAAGUAUAAUCAUCUUGUACAGAGGGGUAGAUUACAAAUACCCUUGCUACUUCCAUGAAGACAAGGACAAAAUAUUUAAUGAAACUUCUUUAUCAUCUGGCAUGCAUAAUGAACCAACCAAUUCACAAGAGGCUAGCUUGCUACCGAUGCUUUCCGCAGAUUCAUCUACUGAGUCACCUGCUAGUCAGUCUCAAUCCUCUUUCAUUGUGGGAGUUGGUUCUUCUAAGAAGGCGCAUCAGAAAAUUGAAGGAGAACUUCAACUUGAAGAAGAAGCUGACAGAUUGUUAGAUGGGUUAGGCCCACGUUUUAGUGAUUGGUGGGGAUGUGCCCCUUUGCCCAUUGAUGCUGAUUUAUUGCCAGCUGUUGUCCCUGGUUUUCGCAAGCCUUUUCGGCUUCUUCCAUUUGGCAUAAAGCCCAAGCUAACAGAUCGAGAAAUGACCAUAUUGAAGAGGCUUGGGCGUCCUUUACCAUGCCACUUUGCAUUAGGGAGGAACACAAAUCUUCAAGGAUUGGCUGUUUCUAUGAUGAAACUAUGGGAAAAAUGUGAGAUUGCCAAAAUUGCUAUUAAAAGGGGUGUUCAAAAUACAAAUAGUGUUAUGAUGGCUGAGGAAUUAAAGCAAUUGACUGGAGGGACUCUCCUAUCAAGGGAUAGGGAAUUCUUUGUGUUCUAUAGAGGAAAGGAUUUCCUUCCACUGGUAGUCUCUUCUGCAAUAGAAGAACGAAGAAAUAAAGGGAAUAACAGGCCAAAGAGAAUUACAAAUGAAAAUCUUGUUGAAGCCCUGGUGGUUUCUGAACCAACAUCAUCACCAAUUUCCCCUCCAGAAGAACUAAAAAAGGGGUCUGAGCAGAAACAAAAGUUUGCCCUUGAAGGGACGAAUUCUGAAAAUUUUGCUCUCCAGAUAAUAGAGAACAGAUUAUCCCAGGCCAUUGUGAAAGUGGAAAUGUCAAGAAAGAGACUCGCUGAACUUGAAACCUCAGUUAAACCUAAAGAAACAGAACUCGAUAAAGAAGCUAUAUCAGAAGAAGAGAGAUACAUGCUCAGAAAAGUUGGUUUGAGGAUGAAUGCAUUUCUUCUACUAGGAAGAAGAGGAGUUUUUGAUGGAACAGUCGAGAAUAUGCACCUUCACUGGAAAUAUCGUGAACUUGUGAAAAUAAUUUCUAAAGAUCAUUCCAUUAAAACUGCUGAAGCAACUGCUAGAUUGUUAGAGGCUGAAAGUGGUGGUAUACUAGUGGCUGUUGAGCGAGUGAGCAAAGGGUAUGCCAUAAUUAUAUAUCGUGGCAAGAAUUAUCGAAGGCCUGUGAUCCUGAGACCAACUACUUUGCCAAACAAAAGGGUAGCAAUGAAGCGUUCUUUGGAGGCCCAGCGUUGUGAAUCACUGAAGUUACAUGUUCUAAAAUUUUCAAAAAAAAUAAGUCAGGUGAGCAAUCAGACGGUGAAAGAUGAUUCGUAUGUUGAUUCUACUGUAGAACAUAUGUGUGGGUUAAUGAAUGACAUAGUUGGAAAUGACUCUUGGAUUAUGAAAGGGCAGAAUGAUCAGUCUUCAGGUUCCAUGCAGGAUAAGUUGGUAGUCCUAAAAGAUGGGGAUGAAUGUUCCAAAUUGGAAGUUGCAAUACCAUCUUCAGCAGUUGUUGAUGAGAAUAAGUUGGCGAAACAGUCAUAUGAAGUUCCUUCUGAAACGUCCACAGCUAUAGUUGAGGAUAAGUCGGUAGCUCUAAAAGAUGGGGAUAAAUGUUCUGAUUCAAAAGUUGCAGUAACAUCCUCAAUGGUAGUUGAGGAGGAUGAGUUUGCAAAACACUCAUAUGAGGUUCCUUCUGAAGCAUCAACCGUUGAUGAGAAUGAGUUAUCAAAAGAGUCUUAUGACGUUCCUUUCAAAGCUGCACCUCUAUCAAAUCGAGAAAGACUUAUUCUACGUAAACAGGCUCUCAGGAUGAAAAAGCGUCCCGUUUUAGCCGUAGGAAGGAACAACAUUGUUUCAGGUGUUGCAAAAACAAUUAGAACACAUUUCAGGAAGCAUCCUCUUGCUAUUGUGAAUAUCAAGGGAAGAGCAGAGGGUACUUCUGUACAAGAGUUGAUAUUUGAACUGGAGCAAUCAACUGGGGCAGUUCUUGUAUCAAGAGAACCAAAUAAGGUGAUAUUAUACAGAGGGUGGGGAGACUGUGAGGCACCUGGCGGGAAGGGUAAAAAUGCCGAGAGAUGCUCAUCAGGAGUUAAGGACAUAGUUUCUCCUCAACUUUUGGAAGCCAUUAAGCUUGAAUGUGGAUUGCAAACUUCCACAUGAAGCAGGGUUUACGUUAUACAGGCAAUUCAUGCCAUCAACUUUCUAUGGGUACAUUACCUUGUACUAUAUUUCAUCUGUUUAUCCUUUUUUCACAUGCAUUGUACAUGUAUCUGAUUUAGUAUUAUUGGUACUAAAAUAAUUUGUAAACCUUAGUUUUUAGUAGAAUAAAUUCUAUUUUGCUCU